AUGGCUUUCCCAAAGGCCAAAAAUCCACUGGCCUUUACGCCAGGGCCGGUGACGAUCAUUCUAACCGUGGUGUAUUUGGCUCUGCUUAUCCCCGUGAUCGUCAUUCACGAAAAUGUUCCGGCCGCACCCCGAACGAGCCCUAAGGGCCUGGACCUGACCGAAGCAUGGUCUGAUCUGCAGACUCUUACCGGCGGCUUCCAUCCGUACAAUUCUCACCGCAACGACAUAGUCAGAUCUUGGCUGCUUGAACGCAUUGACGGGAUCCACUCGUCAUCUGUCGCGGCAGCCGCAGCCGCGAACAAGACCACACCAGAAGUCUUCGUGUUCGACGAUCUGACCUCCAAUCUGACCAGUAUCGACGGCCAAACUGGUGUCUACUUUGAAGGGACAAAUAUUCUCGUCUAUAUCCGUGGCUGGGAAGAUAAGCAGGAGAACUGGUGGGAGGUCCCCGGUAAAGCCCCCACAGGAAAGGGUGGUGUGCUCGUCAAUGCGCACUAUGACAGUGUUUCGACUGGAUACGGCGCCACAGAUGACGGUGUUGGCGUUGUCACUUGUCUCCAGCUUGUGCGGUACUUCCUAACUCCUGAACAUGCACCGCGCCGCGGACUGGUGGUGAUGUUUAACAACGGUGAGGAGGACUAUUUGAACGGAGCACGCGCGUACAGCCAGCACCCGAUGGCCAAGUUUGCGCAUACAUUCGUCAACCUUGAGGGGGCGGGUGCUGGUGGCCGUGCUACGUUGUUUCGAAGUUCGGACCUGGAGGUCACGCAGGCAUAUGCGAAGUCGAAGUCUCCCUUCGGAUCGGUGCUGAGUGCUAACGGGUUUGAGUCGGGAGUUGUUCGCAGUCAGACAGACUAUGUGGUCCUUCAGGGUAUGCUGGGUCUCCGGGGACUUGAUAUCGCCUUUUAUGAACCCCGAGCCCGGUACCACACUGACCAGGAUGAUGCGCGCCAUACCAAUAUGGAUUCGUUGUGGCACAUGAUCUCUGCUGCCGUUGCCUCGACCCAAAGUCUCGUCUCGGACUCGAGUGACCGAUUCGAUGGCCAGGAUAAGGACGACGGGCUUGUUCCGAGCGGGACAGGUACCGAUGCCGUCUGGUUUGAUCUCUUCGGCAGUGCAUUUGCCGUUUUCCGUGUGCAUACGCUUUUCGCGUUGUCGGUGACUCUGCUGAUCGUGGCGCCCUUGACGCUCCUAGUCACUAGCAUUGCUUUGUCCAAGGCUGAUAAGAUGUAUCUUUUCCGCUCAUUCGCACGGGUGGAUAUCAGCGACGAGACAAUAUCGCUUCGAGGGCUACGAGGCUUCUUCCGGUUUCCGUUUAUUUUUGCUAUCCCCACUGGUGUUACCGUGGGAUUGGCCUAUUUGGUCACCAAGAUCAAUCCCUUCAUUGUGCAUAGUAGUACUUACGCCGUGUGGAGUAUGAUGAUUUCUGCCUGGGUUUUCUUGGCAUGGUUUGUGUCCUGCGUUGCCGACUUUUCGCGGCCAUCGGCAUUCCACCGUGUGUACACCUGGACCUGGAUUUUCGUUUUGAGCUGGGCUUUCUUGGUCAUUGCUACUAUCUAUGAAAACGAACGUGGGCUCGCUGGUGGCUACUUUAUGCUUUUCUACUUUGCAGGCACCUUCCUGGCAACUUGGAUUUCCUACCUUGAGCUCUUCUCUCUUCCUACAAAGACAGAAUACAUCGGUUGCUCGACUCAGGGCUCUCGGCGACCCAGCGGCUUUGGUGCUUUAUCUGGUGACGAGAACCAGGACGAAGAUGAGGUUGAGGCAGCGACGGAAUCUACCUCCCUGCUCCGUAGUCAGCAGCGAACUACAUUCGCCAACUACGUCAACGUCGCUGGCCACACUGACGAGGAAGUGGAGGAAGGGGAGUAUGAUCCCAAUGUUUAUAGACACGAACAAACCUGGAGUGCCUCGCUGCCUCGCUGGACCUGGAUCCUGCAGUUGCUUCUCACAGUUCCUAUCAUUCUGACUCUGGUCGCCCCACUCAGCCUUUUUCUGACCAGCGCUCUUCACCAAACGGGUCAGGAUGGCAAUCCCUCGCUGUUUGUCUACAUGUCUAUCGCCAUUCUGACAACUGUGCUAUUCAUGCCGAUGCUGCCAUUUAUCCACCGCUAUACCUACCACAUCCCAAUCUUCUUGUUCUUUGUAUUACUUGGAACCCUCAUCUACAAUCUUGUCGCAUUCCCAUUCUCAGAUGCCAACCGCAUGAAAGUGUAUUUCUCACAGCAAGUCGACUUAGACCAAGGAAAUACAACCACCUAUCUGACUGGCGCGCUUCCCUUCGUGGAAGACGUCGUCCGAGGUCUUCCCAGCGCAGGAGGUCAAACGGAUUGCGUUUGGAAGGAGGCUCUAAGCCGUACACAGUGCUCUUGGACUGGCCCUGAGCCGCACGUCGUUUCAAGUGGUAAUGUCUCCUCUCCAUCCUCGGACUGGGUCUCCUUCACCACAGAGUCUACCGGACAUUCCUCCGUGCGCUUUGAGAUCUCAGGCCAGAAUACCCGCUCCUGUCGCAUCACGAUGGAUGGCCACCCCAUCACAAAUUUCAACGUCGUCGGUGGCUCUGCGCCCGACAAGCGAUUCCUCCACCCAUCUCAAGAUGGCAUCCAUGAAGUUCGUCUCUGGAGCCGUGAUUGGGAGAACAAGUGGACUGUGGAUGUUGAUUUCUCCAAGAACGAAGACACCACACUUAUCGCUGAGUCGGCUCCCAUCACAGGACGUGUUUCCUGUAUAUGGAGUGACAAUAACAGCCCCGGCCUUAUACCUGCCCUUGACGAGGUGAGGCAGUAUGCCCCCGCCUGGGCAACUGUGACCAAGUUGACUGAUGGCCUGGUCGAAGGAUAUCGGAAGUUUGAGCUGUAG